AUGUCGGAUCACCCUUUCCGCGCCAUGAGUGGUAGACGAUCUCCAUCACCUCAAAAACGGUGGGAAGGAACCUUCCCCGCCAGACCUACUCUCCCUUCGAGGGAACCUUCUAAAGAGGACAUUGAGAUGGCCCAGCAUUUACUCGGGCAUUCUCAAGCAGCAAGAAAUACCAAUCAGAAACAUGACGAGCAGAAAUCUACCGAUACUCCAUCGCCGACUUGUCAGCUUCCCAGUCCGAAUUUAACCAUGUCUCCAUCCACGGAGCAAAUGCGCCAGAUCACACCGACAUCAAGCUCAGCAGACCAAAGACAGAGAGAGAACCCCCAAUCAUAUGCACCGGUGUCUUCUCAACCCGAUUCUGUUCCCAGUGGCCAAGUGUGCAGCAAUUGCGGUACAAGCAGAACACCACUUUGGCGGCGUUCACCACAAGGAGCUACUAUCUGCAAUGCCUGCGGUCUCUACUUAAAGGCUCGAAAUGCUUCUCGACCAACCAACUUCAGACCAUCGAAGCGGCCUCCAUCCACCGUGGCUUCUCCCGGACAGCAGUCACCGGAGCAAAGAACAUCAUCACCUGCAAGAACAGUGUCCGCACAUCACACGUCCACGGGGGCUACAUAUGUAGCGGCAGACCAGACACCUGUAGGAUCUUGUCCCGGCGGUGGACGAUGCAAUGGGACUGGAGGAGCCGAGGGCUGCAGUGGAUGCCCUGCGUUCAACAACAGGGUAUCUAAGAGCGCCCACUUUACAGUUUCCCAAGACAGACAAUCAUCUUCAGCAUCUCAAAAUGACCAACCUACAGAUGCGCCUUCACCUAUUGACGUCGCUUCUCUCCAAAUCCAAGCCUCAAACACAACAGUCGUCGUAGCCUGCCAGAAUUGUGGGACCACAAUUACCCCAUUAUGGCGCAGAGAUGAGAGCGGUCAUACCAUCUGCAACGCGUGUGGUUUAUACUACAAACUCCACGGCGCUCAUCGCCCCGUAACCAUGAAGAAGUCCGUCAUCAAACGCCGAAAACGAGUGGUGCCAGCUGCGCAAGGUACACAAGCAUCGGGCAUCGACGUCGCAAGCAAUUCCAUGGGAUCACCCGAAUCCGACCGCCAGUCUCCCACUGUUGACAACAUCCCAGAACAUCGGGGAACUGUCAAUCCAGAUGGAUCUGUAAACCUCGGCUUCCGGCUCCGAAAUGAGCGAGCUCUCCUCCCUGAACCAAUAUCCACAAGCCGCGCACAGAACGGCCAGCAACAACUAGCAACCUCCGAUCUCACAGCCUACGCCUCAAAUUUUAAUACCCAAAGCCAAUCAUCACAACACCUCGAGUCUCUUAAUAACGAGAACCGUCUCCCACCAAUGACUUCCUACCCUUCCCCCAUACCGAGGCGACCCUCAUUAUCACCCAAUUCCUUCCUCUCACCCUCCCGCAAACGUUCUUUCUCCUCUACAGAGAUGAAGGCGCGAGACGAGCUCCCUCCUCUCUCUGAGCCGACGCCCUCCGCACAACCCAAACGUCUCAGCUCUAUUAAAUCAAUCCUGAACCCAGGCGUCUCGGAUUCUGAAGCCAGCAACGUUGAUCCUAGCUUACGCCUUGCGCAGAUAUCAGGCCCAGGGCGAUACCCUGGGGUCGGCAGCCCAAUGGGCAAUGGGUAUGCGACGAAUCAGGCGAAUAGCGCUGUAGGGAGUGCGCCGAGCAGUGGACGCGAUGCGCAGAGCGAGAGUGAGCGGGCGAAAAUAGAACGCAGAGAAAUGCUGCAACGCGAGGCGGAAAAGAUGCGAGAGGCGUUGAAGGCGAAGGAGAGGGAAUUGGCGGAGUUGGGAGAGGGCGAGUGA